AUGAAAUUCCAAACAGCGACUGCUACCCUCCUCCUCCUCCCAGCCCUUGCGUUGGCUGCUACCAAGCGAGCCGAUACAUGGGGCGGGAGCGUAUCCCUCGGCCCCACAAGGUCGACGAUCACCAAUGCCGUGACGACUCUUAUCCCCGGUGCGGCGCCGGCGACGCAGAACGGGGUGCUCUUUCUCUGGCCCGGGAUGAGUAACGGGACGGGGGAUCUCGUGCAGACGACGCUGGAGAGUUGGGCGAGUAACGAGUGGUGCGGCGCAGAGCAGGGCGAGUGGUGUGUGCGGGCGAGUUUGUUUGGGAGCUUUGGACAGUUGGAUGGCGAUGCGGCACCUGUUAAGGGGGAUGAUCAGGUCCGGAUUGAAAAUGUAACCAACGCACAAACAGGGGAGAUCCUCUCGACCUUCUCAUACAAGUCCGGACCCUACAUGACCGGCUACGGAACCGGAACAGAAUGCAACGAAGAUUGCACGGGCACCAUCGCGGCCCAGCAAUACGUCAACACGAAGAUCACGCUAGCUGAAGCGGACGAGACCUUCGGCGACACGAUUGCAUCAGCCGGCGGCGCGACCUACACCGGGUUAACAUCCAGCGAGGGAGGAAAGGUUUGGGAAAUCGAGAGCAUUGACGUUCCGGCCAUGUCGUCGUAG